AUGGAGAUCGUUAAUCCUUCUGCAUAUUAUGACAAAUUGAAGAGGUAUUGGAGGAGGAGAAGAUACCAAAGGCUAAAUGGUGAAAAUUAUAGCAAUAAAAGGAAGCUCAAGAUUACAAGGCUUGGGGGUUCAGGUCGCCGGCGGCAAUGGAGGAUAAGAUCCAGCCCAAAGCUGAGGUUGAGCUUUAUUGUUUCACCCAUUAAGCUUUUGGCGAAAUUCCACGAUUCCUAUGUUAACAUGAUGCUUCGCUUGGCUGGCAAUGUUGGGAAGUCAAACAGUGUUGAUUUGUUUGGAGGAAAGAGGGUUCCCAAAGGCCGACAGAUUUCCCUGGUCUCUGGGGGUGAGGAAGUUGAUGGCAGUUAUGUUGAAGCUGUUCCUCUUGCAAUCCUCCUGGAAUUAGCGGGAAAUUUGUGA